AUGGCACCGAACGAGCUAAUGCUAUCCGCUACGAUAGCUCCCGAGUCAGACAGUCGUCCUCCGAGGAGGUCCUUCUCGAGCACCGACCGGCUGAGCGCGUCUGUUGCAUCUACAACUCGGUCGAGGUCGACAGUGCGGUCGUCGGGAUGGCAGGCGAAAAUGGGGCUGGGCGGCGUGGCGAGGCGGACGCUGGGUAUUUCACUACUGCUUUUGACCGUGCUGCUCUGGACGCUAUCCAACUUUAUGGCAUCGUACAUAUUUUCGGAUCAUUCGUACGACAAGCCAUUUUUCGUGGUAUACAUGAACACGUCGGUAUUUGCAGUGUCGCUGAUACCAAUGCUGGUGCGCUUUCUGAUGCAGCACGGCGUUGAGGGCCUGCGGCGCGAGGCCAUGGUGGUCUGGAACGAGCAGCGACAUGGCAAGGCGGGCUCCAAGACGGCCGAGCACGAAGAGGACACGGUGGCGGGCGAGCGGCUACUGGUCGACGACGAGCCGAGCCUGGAGAUGGAGGGUUUCGAGGUGACCAGGCCAGUGGAGCGGUUGACGUUCCGGGAGACGGCCAUCAUCAGCCUCGAGUUCUGCAUGCUGUGGUUUUUCGCAAACUACUUUGCGUCGGCGUGCCUCGAGUACACGAGCGUCGGGAGCGUGACGAUUCUCAACUCGACGAGCAGCGUUUGGACGCUCGUCUUCUGCGCGCUGAUGGGUGUCGAAGGUUUCACGCUGCGUAAGUUCAUCGGCGUGAUGGCGUCGCUGACGGGCAUCGUUCUUAUUUCGACGGUCGACCUGUCGGGCUCGAGCGACGAGAACCGUGGGUCGUUCCCUCACAAGACGACGACGCAGAUCGCCAUCGGGGACAUGAUGGCGUUCGUCAGUGCCAUUAUCUACGGUCUCUACGUGACUGUGAUGAAGCGGCGGGUCGGUAACGAGGACCGGGUGAACAUGCCACUAUUUUUUGGGCUGGUCGGCCUGUUCAAUCUGGUGUUCCUGUGGCCGGUGUUCUUUAUUUUGCACAUCUCAGGGCAGGAACCAUUCUCCUUGCCCCCAACGGGCAAGAUCUGGGCCAUCGUCAUCGGCAACUCGCUGUCGUCCUUCAUCAGCGACAUGUCGUGGGCAUACGCUAUGCUGCUCACAACGCCGCUUGUGGUCACGGUGGGCCUGUCGCUGACGAUCCCGCUAUCGCUUAUCGGCGAGAUGAUCCAGUACUCGCAGUACUCCAGCUGGGUAUACUGGGCCGGCGCGGCUGUCGUGCUCAUCUCCUUUUUGUUCAUCAACAAUGAGAGCCACGAGGACGAACCGGGCGACAAUGGUACGGAGGCAGGACCUCGGGCGGCGCGCUUAUAG